CACUGUUCCAGCUGUGGUGUGGAUGCAUGAAUCACUGAUUUCCUCCCAGGAGAGUUUAUCAUUGAAAACAGUGAUGUCUGUGAUUUUGGACGACGAUCUUCGCUGCUCCAUCUGCCAGGAUACCUUCAGGGAUCCUGGCGUCCUGUUCUGCAGCCACAGCUUCUGUAGAUCCUGCAUGGAAAGCUGUUUGCAUGGUAAAGACAUACUGGAGUGUCCUCUUUGUAAGAAGAAUAGAAAAGUUGCUCCAAAGCCAGAGGUUAUCUGCCGUCUCCACGGUGAGAAAUUCAAACUCUUCUGCGUGGAGCACAGGGAGCCUUUGUGUCUCGUUUGUCAGCAUUCAGAUGAACAUGCUGGACACAGAUUCAAACCAAUCAGUGAAGUUGCUGAGGGGCAGAAGAAAGUGCUCAGAAAGGCCCUGGGGCCCCUACAGCAGAAGCUGAAGGUCUUCAGAGAGGAGAAAGGAAACCUGAAUGAGACGGUGAAGCACGUUAAGCUCCAGGCUGAACAGACGGAGGGACGGAUCAGGGAGCAGUUCAGGAAGCUACGUCUGUUUCUCCAGAGGGAAGAAGACACCAGGAUUGCUGCUCUGAGGACAGAAGAAAGCAAGAAGAUCCAGACGUUAAACCUAAAGAUUGAUGCCCUCAAUAAAGAGAUUGCUGCUCUUUCCAGGAGCAUCAAUGAAACAGAAGGAAUGCUGAAAGCUGAGGAUGCUUUGUUGCUGCUGAAAUUCAAGACUGCUGUGCAAACUCUCCGACAGCGCCCCCUGCUGGACGACCCGCAGCCCGUCUCAGGGGCCCUGAUAGAUGUGGCCAAACACCUGGGAAACCUCCCCUUCAACAUCUGGAGCAAGAUGAAACAUCUGGUGUCCUACACUCCUGUGGUUCUGGACCCGAACACGGCCAACUUUGAGCUCAUCCUGUCCGAGGAUCUGACCAUGCUGAGAUGCGGACAGAAACAGAACCUCCCGGACAACCCAGAGAGGUUCGACUUCUUCCGCAUCGUCCUGGGCUCUGAGGGCUUCAUGUCAGGAAUCUACAGCUGGGACGUUGAUGUUGGAGAAAACACAGACUGGUUUGUGGGCGUCGCUUCACAGGGAGUCCAGAGGAAAGGAAUUCAUCCGACCCGUCUGUGGAGAAUAGGGUGCCUGGAUGGGGAAUAUGUCGCUCGGGCCCUAUCAGAACCUUCCCUUGUUCUGUCUCCAGUCGCAAAGCUAAGCAGGAUUAGAGUCCUUUUGGACUGGAACAGAGGAAAGCUGCUGUUCCUUGACCUUGAUACCAACACACUCAUUCACACCUUCUCCUAUACAUUUACAGAGAAACUCUUCCCAUAUUUCAACACGCUGAAUGAAACGCCACUGAAGAUAAUCCCAGAAAAGUUCUUUGAAAACCUGAGUUGAAAUAGAAAUCAUUGGAGGCAGUUCUGGAGAACCAGCAGCACAAACAUACAGAUGGAUGGAAGUGACUUACUGGAAGAAUUUAUUUAACACUUAAAUCUCAGGGCUUAUUAAAUAGAUAUAUUUAAAUAAAUGUGUAUUUAGAUAAAGUCAUUUGAACUGUAAAUGAAAACAUAAAAUUUGUACCUAAAGCCAGGCAUACACUGUACGAUUUUUUCCCCAUUUUGGGACGAUUCUCCAGUCGUGCGAGGAUUGUUUGAUCAGGCCGAGUCACGUCAAUGAUGUUUAAAAUUCGGUCGGCCAUCGUAAGGUGUUGGUGGGUAAAUUCUGCCGUUGAAGUAAAGCUACGAGCCGAUUUACCAUCACCUUGAGCACUGCGCAUGUGCAAACAAGGGAGUUCUUCUUCUUCUCACAGAUUGACGAGUCUGACCAGCCCCAUCUUUCGGCGCUGAGCAGACAUCUUGUUUUUGGACCUACAGUGUGAGCACAAACAUCAUGCAUGUGGCUGCGUGUAACGAUUGAUAAUAUUGCACACUGUAUGCCCGGCUUAAACACAGUGGCACUUUAAUUAUGCAAUUCUUGCAAGAAUGAGAAGAGAGAGGUUCACUCCUGCGUCCUACUCAGCCUGCUCUGCUCUAACAGAGGUGCACUAAGUUUUUAAACCUCCCCCAGAGCUAAAGUUGUCACUGAGAACAGCUUGGAUGACAACAAGACAAAAACAGUCCCUGAGUGGUCAGAUGUGUACUGGACCCGGCCAAUAUUCACAACUGGUUAAUCUGCCAAACAUAAAAGAAAACACUGUAACUCCUGAAGAGACCGGUGAAAAGCAGCAGCAAGUCUAACCAAUAAAGACUGGACAUAAAGGGGGAUAUGUUGUGCCAUAAAACAUGAGGAACCAAUGUCCAUGUUUCCUCUGAACAUGAUAACCGGAGAAAAAGGAUGCAGGUUUGGCUCAUGGGGCAGCUGUCAGAACUCUAUCCUCUGCUCUGCAACCCCCUCUCUGCCAACUGGCUCUUCAGCGAUUUAAUCGAGUGCAUGCAAAGAAAACAUG